AUGUCUCAAGAGUACGACUGGCUGGUCCAGACCCCUGCCAAUGCCGCCGACCGCGAAACCCGCAUCAACGUCAGACCUAUUCAUCUUGUUCACAACAAGCCUCUGAUCGAAGGCCGUAAAUUAUUGUUCGGUGGUCCGAGCCUUGCGCACCAACCCGAGGGCCCUGAUGCCGACCUUCCAGUCAAUGGUAGCAUCAUGCUCGUCAGAGCCGCCAGCGCUGAAGAAGUGCGAGAUAUGGUUCGACAGGAUCCAUACGCGCAGGCAGGAUUCUGGGACGCCGAAAAGGCCAUCAUCACCCCGUUCAGAUGCGUGGUUCGAAAGCAAGGCUGA